AUGGACGACGUGUCCAAGUACGCGCACAGCCCAGCGCACCUGGCCGUCCUGCGGCGCGACCACGCGGCGCUGCGGCGGCUGGUCGCCGCGCUCCCGCGCCUGCCGCGCGCCGGGGAGGUGGCCACCGAGGAGGAGUCCAUCGCGGGGGAGGCCGUGGCGGACGCCGUCUCCGCCGUCAUCGACCGCCGCGACGUGCCGCGGAGGGAGACCCCGCUCCACCUCGCCGUGCGCCUACGGGACCCCGUCGCCGCCGACAUCCUCAUGUCCGCGGGAGCUGACUGGUCGCUGCAGAACGCCGACGGCUGGUCCGCGCUUCAGGAGGCCGUCUGCACCCGCGAGGAGGCCAUCGCCACCAUCAUCGCGCGCCACUACCAGCCGCUCGCCUGGGCCAAGUGGUGCCGCCGCCUCCCGCGCAUCCUCGCCUCCAUCUCCCGCAUCCGCGACUUCUACAUGGAGAUCUCCUUCCACUUCGAGUCCUCCGUCAUCCCCUUCAUCGGCCGCAUCGCGCCCUCCGACACCUACCGCAUUUGGAAGCGCGGCGCCUCGCUCCGGGCCGACAUGACGCUCGCGGGCUUCGACGGCUUCCGCAUCCAGCGCUCGGACCAGACGUUCCUCUUCCUCGGGGACGGCGCCAGGCCCGAGGACGCCGGGGGCAAGGAGCUGCACCCGGGCUCGCUCAUAGUGCUGGCGCACAAGGAUAAGGAGAUUACGGAUGCGCUGGAGGGGGCGGGCGUGCAGCCCACUGAGUCCGAGGUGGCGCAUGAGGUGGCCUUGAUGUCCAAGACCAACAUGUACCGUCCGGGGAUCGACGUCACACAGGCGGAGCUUGUCCCGCACUUGAAUUGGCGCCGCCAAGAGAGGUCAGAAGCCGUCGGGCACUGGAAAGCCAAGGUGUAUGACAUGCUGAAUGUCCUCGUCACCGUGAAGUCUAGGCGCGUGCCUGGGGCGAUGACGGACGAGGAGCUGUUUGCCAUGGACGGGGAGGAGAAGAACGGGAAGGGUGCGGAGCUUGAUGCUGAGUUAGACGAAGUGUUGACAGCCGAGGAGAGGAAGCAACUUGAUUCUGCGCUUAGGAUGGGGAACAACGAUGAGGAAUCUAAGGAGAGGGGCGACCAAGGUGAUGCUGGUGCUGAUCAUAUGGAUGCGAAUGGUGUGGCCAAAGAUAAGAAGGGAUGGUUCGGUUGGGGCGGCAAGAAGGGUGCCAAGGGUGAUGACAAGCCAUCGAAGGUGGGGAGUAAGGAUGAAGCAAGUGACCCAGGGAAGCAAAAGGAGAAGGGCAGCGGGAAGAAGAAGCAGGGCGGUUCAUCUGCUGAGUCUCUAAAACAUGAAAGCGAGUACAAGAAGGGGUUAAGACCAGUGUUGUGGCUGACACCGGAUUUCCCUCUGAAGACAGAUGAACUCAUCCCUCUGCUUGAUGUCCUAGCAAACAAAGUGAAGGCUGUCAGGAGGCUUAGGGAACUCUUGACAACCAAACUUCCUACAGGCACAUUUGCAGUCAAGAUUGCCAUCCCAAUUGUUCCAACGAUACGAGUCAUCGUGACAUUCACAAAGUUCGAAGAACUACAGCCUGUAGACGAGUUUGCCACCCCACCUUCAAGCCCGACACAAUUUCAGGAUGCGAAAGCCAAAGAAUCAGAAGGAUCAGGCUCAUGGUAUUCAUGGGUAAAGGGUGGCCGAGGUAUGCAAUCCACUGACAGUGGUGAUAGCCGGAACUGGAAAGAUGAGGUCGAUCCGUUCCACAUACCGUCGGACUACACCUGGGUUGAUGCCACUGAGAAGAAGCGGAGGAUGAAGGCAAAGAAAGCCAAGAGCAGGCGGGGCACAGCCCGAAAACAGUCCUCAAAGAACACUUCGGAAGGAGGCCACCACCACCCCAUGAUGGAUGGCUUCGAGGAAUAA